GACAAAAAUUCAAGUUUAUGGUGAGCCUUUUUGGACAAGAUGCUUUGAAACACUCAAUGCUCAUCUUAACACAAAAUGAUAGGGGAGAGAAUUCCUCAGUGAAGCAACUUGCCCAAGACUGUGGACAAAGGCAGCAACGAAUCUACUUGGAUGAAAACCAUUUUCCUGACCAUGAUCUUCAAGAAUUAAUUAAAAGAAUGGAAGCAAUAGUGAGUGAAAACAGGGGACAACAUUUAAACUUUACUGAAGAGACUGAUCCUGUGGUAGCACUUGAACAUCCGCAACCUCCUCUAAACUCUGUACUGUCUGGGAGACAUGGAGCCUGGAAGAAUUCUGCAGCUAAUUCUCCUCUAAUCAAGGAACUCUCUGUGGAAAAGGACGGAGCAGUGGGAGGUAGAAGCUUCACAAAAGACGUAUAUCCUAAGACUCCAGCAGUUACAAGACAUGCCUCUUUUUUAGAUGCAGAGCAUUCUGGACAUCAGGUUCCAAAAACGAUGCAGAGAAGAGCUUCUGUCAGGAGGAUGCAGAGUAGAGAGUCUCCAAAGAUGGGGCAGAGGCAAGAUUUUUCACCAUUGAUGCCGAGUACAAAGUUCUCCAACAUGGAGCAGAGUAGAGAAUGUCUCAGGAUGGUGCUGAUAGGGAAGACUGGUUGUGGAAAGAGUGCCACUGCUAACACCAUUUUGGGCAGAGAAUGUUUCACUUCUAAAGUCUGUCAAGAGUCAGUGACCAGGCAUUGCCAAAAAGAAAAGGGAGAAAUUGACGGGCGAUCUAUCACCGUAGUUGACACCCCUGGCUUGUCUGACACAACUCUGUCCAAUGAUGAAGUUCUAAAGGAGCUUGUGAAAUGCAUCAACAUGUUGGCUCCUGGACCCCAUGUGUUCUUAUUAGUGCUGCAGAUUGGCCGCUUUACACAGGAGGAAAAAGACACUGUGGAGCUUAUCAAGGAGACUUUCGGUAAGAAAUCACAAGACUUCAUCAUUAUUAUUUUCACCAGAGGAGAUGAUCUUAUAAAACAAACAAUACAGAGUUACAUAGGGGAAACAAAGGGCGACAUUCACCGACUAACAACUGAAUGUGGAGGAAGAUACCAGGUCUUCAACAACAAAGAUCAGGAGAAUCGUUCUCAAGUCAGCGAGCUGUUGACGAAGAUUGAGUCAAUGGUGAAGAAAAAUGGUGGAAGCUACUACACCUCAGAAAUGUUCAGAGAGGCGGAGGCAGCAGUACAAAAACAAACAAAGAAGAUCAUGGAGGAGAAAGAACCAAAGAUACAGAUGGAGCAGAGGCAGCUUGAGCAAAAAUAUCAAGAAGAAAUGCAAAAGAAGAAAGACAGAAUGGCGGAAGUAAUAAGUACAUUUGAUGGUGAUGAGGGAGCCAAAACAGUUGAAGAAAAGGUGGCAAGCAUAGAGAAGCAGCAGGAAAUGACAAAGAGAGAAACAGAAAACAGAAAAGAGGAGGACAGAAAGAAGAAAAGGCAGGAGGAAAUUAAACGACAUGAGUGGGACUGUAAACUUGAAUCUCUGGAAAAAGAACUUAAAUGUGGAAGAGAAAGAAAGGCAAACGCUUACAGGAUAUUAAUACAGAGUAGAGAAAACAUGAGAAGAGAACGCGAGGCUUGGGAGCAGGAAAGAAGGGAAUGGUGGGAAGAACGAUAUCGAGAAGAGGAACUGAGACGAGAGGAGGAGCAAACAAGACUGAAAAAGCUCAGAGAAGCUUAUGACCAGGAACUGGAAAUAUAUGAAAACAAAAGAAAAGAAGAUACCAGACACAAAAAAGAGCAGGAGGAAAGAGAACUGAAAGUAGUAGAAGAAAUCUACAAAAGGAAACUGGAGGAAUUAAGAAGGAAACAUGAAGAAGAGGCCAGAAAGGAAGCCGAGGAAUGUUCUGAGUUCAGACACAUAUAUAGCAACGAUAUUUCAGCUGAGGUGGAAAAGUACGAAAAGGAAAUAGAGACUCUAAAGCAAGUGACACAAAAACACAAGGAACAGGUGAUAGAACGGCUGUGCAGAACCAAAGCCUACCAGAAAGACUUUCAUAAAUUAAAGAAAAGACAAGAAAAAGAAAUGAAUGAGCUGAAAUUGAGAAACUAUGACAACAGAGUAAAUCUGAGUGAAGACAUGAAUGAGCUGAAGACACAACAUGAGCUGGAAAUAGAUCACUGGAUACAGGAAAAUGUGGGAAAAGCUAAUUGUCCAAUUCUAUGAGAUAUUUCAUUCAUGGUACAGUUUCAGCUGUAACAUAUGUUUUGGCAUCCAUAGUCGGCCAUUAUUGAGUUAUUCAGCCACCAUUUCUUUAUCUAACCAAUGUCAAACAAAGGUAACAAUAAGAUAAUAUGUAUAGUCUUAAGUGCAACUGUCUGAACAGAUACACUUGUCUAUGUAGUGGGUGCAUUUUACCACGUCAUUUCUUAUAUAGGAACAUGUGAUAAAAGCCAUAGAUGACACUUAUUGAUACACUGAUGCAUUUAAUGAGAAGUUUUAUUUUUAGUACAGUUUCAGCUGUAAAACUGUAGAAUAGUGUUUUGCUUUGUUUUUGUACAUAUCUGUGAACAGCUACAUUUAUCAUGUUAUUUGUAGAACUGAGGUUUAAUUGAUUAUAAUGGCAAAUUAAGUUGAACUUCUUGCAUUUUCAUCAGAGCUGCAACUAACCAACUAGCAGCCACCUGCACAGUGCCAUCUAGAUUUUAUUUUCCUUUUUUUCACUCAAUCACUCCCACAGCGACAGUGGGAUCAAUGAAGUUUGUAAAUAUUUUUUAUAUUUUUCAUUCUUUAGUUCAGUUAUGCUUAUGAUUUCAGGAGGUUAAUACUGUAUAUGUCAUUCAUCAUCACAUUUUAUGCAAACCAGGGGGCCUUAAUUCCUUGUAAACAUAAACAUUUCUAAAAUGUGUGAUUAAAGUGCUUGAGCUGUUA